AAGCAGACCGGAACUGUGACACAUUUUUUCAAUGGUUAACGGCCUGAGUGGGACAUCUUCAUUUAUGCACCAUCUUUGGCUUCACACCCAGUGUUUUGAAUAAGGAAGUGAAACUAUACACAUGGAGGGUGUGUCUUUUCUAUCGAAUAUAUAUUUUAUUGAAUAAAGUCCUUGUCGGAUAAUAAUGGGGGACACAGCAAAGGAUAAACGGAAGGAACAAUUGAAGCGCUGGUCCGGUUCAAGCACCGAAAGAGAACCGGCUGUGCCCAGGCGAAGGUGGCGGGGCGAUGUCGAGGAUGUAGGCGGCUCGGAGGCCGUGAACAACGCCGUUUCAAAGGACCAUUCUCAGGAUGUGGAGGGAAGCGGAUCGACCACCGGGGAAGCCCAUAGUAUUCUACUCAAACGAAGGAGGCGAGUGCGGUUUGAUACUGCUGCAGAGUUCCUGGCAGCUUGUGCCAGUGGUGACACCGAUGAGGCCCAGGAGAUGCUGAAAGAUGCAAGAGAGACUGAAGGCAAAAAUGGAGACUAUCAGGGAGAGGUUGUGAAUUGUGCCAAUGCUGACGGAAUCACAGCUCUUCACCAGGCUUGUAUAGAUGGGAGCAUGGAGGUGAUGGUCUUUCUCCUGGCUCAGGGUGCCAACAUAAACCAGGUGGACAGUGAGGGCUGGACUCCGCUGCAUGUGGCAGCCACCUGUGGGAACCUGGAGAUUACUGAUUUCCUUUUGCAGCAGGGUGCGUCUCUCACUGCUGUGAACUGCGAUGGCGACGUCCCCCUAGAUAUAGCUGAAGACGAGGCCACUGAGUCGCUCCUGCAGCAAUACACGGUGAGACAAGGUGUGGACGUAGAGGCAGCUAAGCGGGUGGAGGAGGAGCAGAUCAUGAAAGAUGCCAGAGCCUGGCUGACAGAGGGGCUUCCCUCAGAACUACGGAAUCCCAAAACUGGGGCCACUCCCCUGCAUGUGGCUGCAGCCAAGGGCUACCUGGAAGCCAUCAAACUGCUAUGCCAGUGUGGUCUGGACGUGUCAGAGAUGGACUGUGAUGGCUGGACGCCUCUCCACGCAGCGUCACACUGGGGGCAGGGAGAUGCCUGCAGGAUACUGGCUGAACAGCUCUGCGACAUGGAGGCCUGCAGCAAUGGGGGUCAGACUCCGUUUGAUGUCGCUGAUGAGAGUGUUGUGUCACUGCUGGAGGAGCUGUCACAGAAACAAGCCAACUGGCGUAAUGAGCAGUCCAUAAUGGACAGACAGAACCCUGCAGGCUCUACUGCUGCGAAAGCUGAUAACAAACGACGGAGGACCUCCGUGUGCAGGAUGAGCAGUAGGGAGAAGAUGAACGUGCAGGACCAGUCUAAAGAGAGGAGGUCUGAAGGCCUGGAGCUCAGCGAGGAGAAAGAGAGCAGCCCUGAAGGCUCCACUCUAACCAGUCCAGACACAGAGAGUGCCACCUCCACCGUCAGCCCCGCUGAAAAGACUCCAGAGGAGAAGGAUGUGGAGGAGCGGGACCAGGACAGAGCCAGUCGUACAGCCCGGGUCCAGCCCACCCCCCAGAGGAAAGACCCCCUGGCUGAUAGUCCCAACAACACCAACCCAGACAGACGGAAGUUCCAGGCCCCUGUAAGAGACGAGGAGUCUGAGUCUCAGAGGAAAGCACGAUCACGCCUCAUGCGCCAGUCUCGCCGCUCCACACAGGGUGUGACGCUCACUGACUUGAAGGAGGCAGAGAAGAGCGUAGCCAAACCGGCUGAUCCACCACCAAGCAACAUCCUGCAUGUCAGCCCUAUAGUCACCAUAACACCUGCUGAGAGAGACACCGACCCAGUGAAGGAGGUCGGGUCCGAGGGAGAGACGCGGUUAGGAGUGAGGGACCGGCGGAAGGGAAGGAGAGAGAGACGCUCCACCGGGGUGGUUCAACUAGGGAAUGAACAUUUGGAUGCAAUGGAUGAAACCCAACAGGAUGAAAACCAUCGUCAUAGUUCACCCAGUGAGCCUCAGUUGGGAGAUUCUUCACCAGAGUACAAAAUGCUGUACAUGUCGGUGCUGCAGGAGAACAGCCUGCUCAGAGACAAGCUGCAGGAGACGGCACUGCUGCUCAGCCAGAGCAAAGUGGAGCUGGAGAGACUCCGACAGAGUCAAGAGAGCAACACCGAGAGGCCGGCCCUGCUGGAACUGGAGCGAUUUGAGAAGAGAGCACUCCAGAGAAAAGCAGUGGAACUGGAGGAUGAGCUGAAGGUGCUGGUGGAUCUCCGAGCAGACAACCAGAGGCUAAAGGAUGAGAAUGCCGCUCUCAUCCGUGUCAUCAGCAAACUUUCCAAAUGAUCCUCAUCUCCCAAACCUCUAGAUGGAGAAAAGUGUUCAAAGUUCCUGUCUCUUGCCCAACUCACAAGGCACAUACCGGGAACAAAACCCAGCAUCAAGAAAGACUGUGUUCUGCUCUGAUAGAAGACCAACGAUGCAUUUGUUCAAUGACAUUUUUGGAUUUAUAACUGGAAAGAAUAGUUUUUGCAGGGUUAUUAUUCGCCUUUGGUUUGGCUUCACUCAUUACUAGAUCUACUGUAUAACAAGCUGAACUGCACCUCCUAUGGAUUCACAGGGUACUGUACGGUGUUCCUGUUCAAAUUCUUUAAACAUUUUUUUUUUUUUUUGACCUAAAUAUUUUGUGCUUUGCUUCUGAAUUACCAUGUUUAAGGAUACAUGUGUUUUUAAGAUUUUAAUAACCAUGCAAAGUGAGCGCUUACGAUAACGUCAUGAUCUUACUUCAGAGUACACACCACUAGACACCUAAACAGGACUGGGGGAGCGAUGCAAACGGAAGGUGCUUCAGUUCUGAGGAGAGGCGGAGAAGGUUGUUAUUAGGUUUUGACAUGCAUAUUCCACAAAAAUGUGCCAACCCCCCCCCCCCCCAUUUACGGCUUGUUUGGCAUGUUUGGGGUAAGGUGAAGUGAUUGGCUUGUCUCUCUCAGGACGAGUCUGGGUCAAUACUGUACUUGAGCUGACUACUGUUAAAGUUGGACCAAACUGUAUGUGCAUGUUAAUUUUUUUUUGAAUGUAUAUUUAUGUGUAUAUUUAUGUACAGGCGCCCUCUCCUCUUCCAGUGAUGUAGUAGUAAUGGUCUCUUUGAUUUAGGAAAGGACUGAGAUGCUGGGUGCUCAUACUGUGACGGAGACCUGUUUAGUUAGUAGACAGGCAAGAUGGGUCAAGUCUUUUGAAUGUUUACUCCAUUUUUAAUGCAUGCCAAAUUGUAUUUUGACAAUGUGCCUUUCUAUAUAUAUAUAUAUAUAUAUAUUUGUAAUUAAUAUUUACACAACGUCAAAUAAAAUACAGAAUGGUAAAUUAAGCUCGCCAUCUCCCGCCACAGUUCCUGUGUGGCGAAGAGAAUCAAACUCAUGAUCAACACCUUACCUAAUGGAGACAUUAGGGAAGCACUGCAUGUGUUAGUCAAUGCUCAUUUUAUUUAUAUUGUGCUUUUCAUUAAAGGUCCAAUGCAGCUGUU